UGAUUAUUACGAUGUUGUAAGCCUCGAGAUAGUGUCCUAAAAUAGCACAGCCGGUGUAUUGCACCACGAGGAGAAAACGAUGCCUGGAUAAUAUAAACAGACCGCAUUAAUGACAGUUCAGUUAUAUUAACUGGCUGAAGCCUUGCCCGUGUUGUGAAUUACCGCUAUGGUGCUAAAAUCGUCAAAAUACGGUGUUUGCUCCGGGAAUACUUUGCGGGCGUCCAACUCGCUUUACAACCGACAGUACUACACUCACAGUUCAAUAGUGAGGCAUUAUGUCGGAGGAGGAACGGAGAAGAAAAAACUCCAAAUUCAACAGUUGAUUGAAAACUUCGAUAUUCCAGAUUUCGAUGUUGAAUUCUCGCUCAACAAAAGAGAACGAUGGGUUUUACCUGAAGUAAUCAGAAUAUACAUCCAGUCCGGUGAGUCGCCUGAAGACUCUACAAAAACAGAUUUAAUUUUGAGGCAUAAGUUGAAGCGACAAGAUAAUUGUGUCGCUUACUACUCAGAUAAAGGACAUAUAAAGCGGCUUGUUCCGAAAGUGGGACGAUAUUUUGAUGGUAAAACGGCAACAAAUUACAAAACGCGCCAAACGAAAGGGAAGAGAGGUAACAAGACAGUGAUCGACAUUGAUGAAACACUUCAACCCGAUAGUGAUGAAUCAACAGUCAGAUAUGAGAUAUUCUACCCCUGUUCCUCGAGAAGCUCCAUUGUUCAUAACCCGAAGUACACCAAGCCAGAAGGCAGAGACAGUGCCAGCGCCACUGUGAAUGGAGGGAAGAAAAACAAGCGACGAUCUCGUCUAACUUCUCGAGAUGUGAACGAGAUGUUAGGUGACAGGAGCGAGGACUUUGAUUUUCUGAGUGCAGACGACUCCGAUACUGGAGACGUGAUUUCUAGGGGAAACUUUACAUUGAGGGACUUUAUCAAACCUGAAAGGAAAACAAAAAGGAAAACUCGCACUCGGCGACCGAGCCACGAAGACGACGACAGUGAGCGUAAGAGAAGUCGCAUUGUGUUUGUUGAUAAAGAUGUGUCGUCUGCUCGCUCCGUGACAGCAGGAGAUGAAACAUAUUCUCAAGGUGGGAAUUCCCCUUCAGUCAGCCUCAAAGACCCAACAAUUGUCAUUCCUGUAGCUGUAAAAGUUGAUUCAAAUGAGGCUGCUUUUGAUAACCUGCAAACUGUGUAUGGUCGGCGUUAUAUGGAGGCAAAGUGUGAACCUCGCAAGUUCAGUAUUGACAUGACUGACAAACUUAGAGGUCAUGUUAGAACGUCGACAUUCUUCUGGGACGUGACGUCAUCAUCGUUGGAUCUCCAUGGUUACCUUUCAUUUACAGAGGUUAAAGGUCGGGACGAUGCCACCCUGAGUGUCUACAACGUUGCCUUGAACAUUGCUUCUCACAUGAACUCUAUCAAGAUGGACACGGUUGUGGAUAGGGAGACCUACACACUGGCACAGCUAGAGGACAGCUGCCUGUGUUACAUAGAUACACUCCCAAGGGAUGUUUUCGUGAAGCGUGACGCCUUCAAGGGACUGGAGACGCCAUUCAUGUCGUUUCAUCUUGUGAAUGAGGGGAGGAGGUGGAACAUGAACUGUAUCCACCCGCACGAGUUCUCUGACAACGUCUGCAGUCUGCAGGGAACCUAUAGAGAAGCUGCAGAAUUUGACUGUCCUCCCGACGUCUGCGGUAUCUGCUAUGAUGACAUAAAGGUUUCCACUGAAAGUACUGACACACCUUCCCCCGCAACUAGUCUUGACGCCUGUGGUCACUGGUUCUGUGAUAGUUGUUGGAGGCAACAUUUGGUCAGCAAACUGCGAUCUGGACCUUGUGCCUUGACGUGCCCUGAGUAUGGCUGCAGUGUAGAGGCAGACUUCCCCACGCUUCUUUCCUUCCUUCACAUCGGUGACGUCAAGAAACACAUCGAGAGGCAGACGAGUGAGAAGAUCAACUGCUCCGCUCAGGCAAAGUGGUGUCCCAAACCUCAGUGUGGACGGGCCAUUCUGGCAGAAGGACUUCCUAUCAGAAACAGAAGUAUUCCCGUAGUGUGUUCCUGUGGCACAGAUCUCUGCUUUGCCUGCAUGAAGAACGCCCACUGGCCUGCUACAUGUGCCCAGGCCAAGCAGUUCCGUGAGAAGGUGAUUGCUCUGAAGGACUAUGUGACCCUUGCCAAAGAUACUUUCUUUGAACUAUUUCCCAAUUCUAUUACUGUGCGCGGUAAGAGCUGCCCAAAGUGCAGAUGGUUCAUCGAGAAGAUCUCUGGAUGUCCUUACAUGACUUGUCCUUGUGGGGCUCAGUUCUGCUGGACAUGUGGCAUACUCACAUCAAGUAUACACACGUGUUUUGCUGAGGAACUGAGAGAUGUUCUAAUUGAAGAAAAUACCACUGACUGUCCUUGGGCCAAAAGGACACGUUUCUACACCACUGCCUUGGACCAUCGCCAACAGCGACUGAAUGUAAAUAUUCAGAAAUAUCUCUCCCGGGAGCGCACUCUAACCAAACGCAUUGCAGCUGAAAUAGGUUUUAACACGAAUCUUAGAACUCAAAUGUGUGAUCAUUCUCAAGAAAUAGAUGACCAACCAUUUUUCAGAUUAGCUUUCAACUUCAUGAGGCGCAUGCUCAGUAUCAAACUCGAACUUCAUCACGUGAUCGAAAACGUUGCCAUAGCAAUGGAUAACAUGUCACCGGAACGUCUCCGCAAUAAACUCAUGCAAACCUUGACUAGAAUGGAAUCGUGUGCAGCCACCAUCGAAGACGCCUUUGACACAGGACCGUCGCUCUCCAACUCCGAGUUGGUGGGGAACCUGGUGAUUUGCCAGAAGGAGGCUCGUGUUUGUAUCGCCCGUGUCGCACAGUUGAUGAAGCUACUUCAGAGAUCUUCAUGUUGAGAAAACUGUCAAGUCUUCUUGUAUCAAGUGUGUAUAACCCAUGACCCCGAAUUCUGCCCUUCCGACGCUACCUUGAAACUAUGAUUCUUAACAUGUGUUGUUGUUGUGUUUUUUUUAUGUAUUUCUUUCAUUUACAAAAGAUGAUCUUUUGAUCAAAAUUAGCGAAACAAAGUGAUUUUUAACCUUGGUGAUGAGGCACAAUUAUCUGAA